GCUGUGCAUCAUCUCCGGCAGUCAGACUUGACUCAGCCUAGAGCCUACUUGAGCCUACUUCUGUCCAUUCCCGUUUCCUCCUCAUUUACCAACCAAAAUUCCAGUGUAAAAACGUCAGAAUAAAUUUCCUGUGAAUCGCAGCAAUAAACCGAUAAUUACAUUAAAUAGCCAGUGCAAUAGACUUGUACAAAAUGGGCAGAUACAGAAGUCGGAGCAGAGAGCGUGAACGUCGCAGGAGAUCCAGGAGUCGCACCAGGAGUCGAUCCCCUCGUGACAGACGUGGCUGGGGGGGCGGGGGCGUCAGGGAUCGUGGGGGAGGCAAUCGGGGGGGCAGAAGCCAACCUGGGGCCAGCCUGAGGAAGCCCAGGUGGGACAUGGGGAGGUUGGAACCCUUCAAGAAGGACUUUUAUAUUCCAUGUGAUUCCGUCAUCCAUCGAGAUCCCAGGAUCAUCGAGCAGUACAGGAGCGACAAGGAGAUCACGCUCAGGGGGAGGAAUAUUCCUAAUCCUGUCUUCACUUUCGAUGAGGCUGGCUUUCCCGAUUACGUCCUCAAGGAGAUCAAGAGACAAGGAUUCAAAGAGCCAACAUCAAUUCAAGCCCAAGGCUGGCCGAUAGCCCUGAGUGGUCGUGACAUGGUCGGAAUAGCAUCAACAGGCUCUGGAAAGACCCUCUCCUACAUUCUCCCAGCGAUCGUUCACAUAAACAGUCAACCGAAAUUAGGGCGCAAGGACGGACCAAUCGCCCUUGUGCUAGCUCCAACUCGUGAACUAGCUCAACAGAUUCAGCAAGUUGCUGACGACUUCGGCCACACCUCUGGCAUCAGGAACACUUGUUUGUACGGUGGAGCACCGAAGGGAGCGCAGGCACGUGACCUCGAUGGUGGGGUGGAGAUUGUGAUCGCAACCCCUGGACGACUGCUGGAUUUCCUCGAGUCUGGGAGGACGAACCUCAAGAGGUGCACGUAUUUGGUGCUGGAUGAGGCUGACAGGAUGCUGGACAUGGGCUUCGAGCCACAGAUAAGGAAAAUCAUCGAGCAGAUCAGACCUGACAGGCAGACACUCAUGUGGUCGGCCACUUGGCCGAAGGAGGUGAAGAAUCUUGCUGAGGAUUUCUUGAAGGAUUAUUCACAGAUCAAUGUUGGGUCUCUCCAGUUGUCUGCCAAUCACAAUAUUCUGCAGAUUAUUGACGUCUGUGCGGAGUAUGAGAAGGAGAACAAACUCAGUACACUCCUGAAGGAGAUAAUGGCCGAGCAGGAGAACAAAACAAUUGUAUUUAUCGAAACAAAGCGUAGGGUCGAGGAAAUAAACCGUAAAAUGAAACGUGAUGGUUGGCCAGCUGUCUGCAUUCACGGUGACAAGACCCAGCAAGAGAGGGAUUGGGUAUUACAAGAUUUCAGGUCUGGUAAAGCUCCAAUUCUCGUUGCAACUGACGUGGCAGCACGAGGACUAGACGUUGAAGACGUCAAGUUUGUUAUAAACUUUGACUAUCCAUCGUGUUCUGAAGACUAUGUACAUCGAAUUGGACGUACUGGUCGUAGACAGAAGACCGGAACUGCGUAUACGUUUUUUACACCGAAUAAUUCCAACAAAGCGAAUGAUCUGAUUCAAGUACUCAAGGAGGCCAACCAAGUUAUUAAUCCGAAGCUACUGGAGCUUGCGGACAGUCGGGGGAGUAAUUAUGGACGUCAGAGAGGUGGGAGGAAUCGAUGGCGUAUCAGAGGCGGUCCUCGAGGCGCUAAAGACCGAAGUUACUCCAGGAGUCGGAGUCGCAGUUACAGUCGCGAGAGAAAUGGCCGGGGGAGAAGAAGCUACAGUAGAAGUUACUCGAGAAGUCGCAGUCCAGCUAACAAUCGCGCUGGGAAGGGGUCAAUCAGUCCUACUCCUGAAGUAAUUGGCAAAAGCUACUGGAGCAGCGAGAGGUGAUGCCUCGAGCCCCGACGAACCCCCAGAUAACAGAGAACAAGAACAAUGGAGCAUUUCUCCCAUCAAAUCAGCUGAACAAAAUGAACAAUUGAAUAAAAAUCAUGUAGACAAAAAAUCGACGGAUCCUUGCCCUCUGGCAAUGAACGACGAAUCCCCUUCAUUUUACCACACCGCCUCAAUAAUCAACUAAGUCCCUGAUUAUUAUAAUUUUGUAUCGAACAAAGACAACCCGAAAAUGAAGAUAACCAAUUUCCAAGGAGUGGAAAAAUUUUAGUUCCAAUGUAAAUUUACGCUUUUGCUCUUUUUAUUUGUUUUUGAGAAUUAUAAUUUUUUUUCUAGAUAAAUUUUUGUGACCCAUUCCCACGUAUUGAGAAACAAUGUACAGUAUUUAAUGUAAACUGUAACAAAUAAACAUUCGUUAGCUUAA